CCGAUACAAGACCGCAUUUAAAACGCGAUAUGGGCAUUUCGAAUGGUUGGUCAUGCCGUUUGGCCUUACGAAUGCCCCAGCCACAUUCCAGGCGGCUAUGACAUUGGAGUUUCGACACAUGCUGGAUCGUUUCGUACUCAUCUACCUCGACGACAUCUUGGUGUACAGUCGGGGUUUGGACGAGCAUGUGGAGCACCUGCGCACCGUUCUGGAACGGCUACGACAGGCCAAGUACAAAGCCAACCGCGACAAAUGUGAAUUCGCGCGGCAAGAGAUGGAGUACUUGGGACACUAUGUGACGCCACAAGGCAUCCGUCCUCUUGUGGACAAGAUCGAGGCCAUCCGCGUAUGGCCCGAGCCCACCAACACCACAGACGUUCGUUCAUUCAUGGGGUUGGCAGGCUAUUAUCAGCAUUUCAUCACCGGAUACUCAAGGAUUGCCGCACCUCUAACGAGACUACAAUCGCCAAAGGUGCCAUUCGUAUUCGAUGACGACGCGCGCCAGGCUUUCCAAGCACUCAAGACGGCCAUGCUCAUGGCACCCGUCCUUAGCAUCUACGACCCCACUCUGCCUACGAGAGUGACGACUGACGCUUCCGGUUACGGCAUUGGGGCAGUCUUGGAGCAGCACGACGACGAGGAUUGGCACCCUGUGGAGUAUUUCAGCCACAAAGUGCCUCCCAUCAAUUCUCUGGAUGAUGCAAGGAAGAAGGAGCUGCUUGCGUUCGUCAUGGCUCUCAAGCGAUGGCGGCACUUCCUUCUUGGGCGUCGUAGGUUCACAUGGGUCACGGACAAUAACCCAUUGACCGACUACAAGACGCAGGACACCGUGAGCAGCACGAUUGGACGGUGGAUGUACUUCAUCGAGCAGUUUGACUUCACACCGAAACACGUUGACGGCCUCUCCAAUCGCGCAACAGAUGCACUUUCGCGACGACCUGAUCUUUGCGCUAUGACGCAUCACGCCUUCGCGUUCGACGAGGACCUCCAGCGACACUUCAUCAGGGGCUAUCAGUCUGACCCAGAGUUUGCUACGUUGUAUGCGCAGCUAUCUUCGGAUCACCCGCCGGCCAGCCACUAUCGCAUUGCUGACGGGUACUUGCUCCUCCACUCGAGAGGCAAGGACUUACUGUGUGUCCCACGCGACCGCCGUCUUCGGACUAGCCUUCUCGGCGAGUAUCAUGAUUCGCGACUCGCCGGCCAUUUCGGAGUCAAUCGCACGAUUGCACGGCUUCGACAACGAUUCCGAUGGCCCGACCUCAUUUCCGAUGUCAUGCGGUAUUGCGAUUCUUGCGAAGUUUGCCGACGCAGCAAACCCCGCAACCGCAAUCCCUAUGGCGAGUUACGCCCGAUGCCUAUCCCCCGGGAACCCGGUAUCUCCAUUGCUAUAGAUGUCACCGGUCCGUUUCCUCGAGACCGGCUCGGGCACGACGGCAUCCUCACGGUUGUGGACCGAUUGAGCAAGUACGCACGUUUUCUUCCUUGCAAGUACUACUCCACGGCUCCCGAGCUGGCACGCCUCUUGCACACCGGUUGGAUUUGUGGCCACGGCGUACCCGAGGACAUAGUCAGCGAUCGCGACACUCGUUUCAUGUCGACUUUUUGGACCUCUCUCAUGCAGGAGUCCGGCACGACGAUGAAACCCAGUUCGGCUCGGCAUCCACAGACAGACGGGCAGACGGAGCGGGCACAUCAGACCGCUCAAAUGAUGCUUCGUACGCUCAUCCGUCCGGACCAGAAAGAUUGGGUUAACCGCCUCCCCGACAUCGAGUUCGCCUACAACACUUCAGUGCACCCGGCGAUCGGUGUGACUCCAUUYGAGUUGCACCACGGUGGACGGAAAGGCCGUAUCUUCGCUGAUCUUCUCCUCCCUCGACCAGCCGACAUUGACGCCGCUUGUUCUCCCGCUUCCGUCCGGAAGUACAGGGAAUUGCUGGCUCAAGCCCGCACAAACAUGCAAAAGGCUCAAGUCCGCAUGCAGCAGCAAGCCAACAGGCGCCGCGUACCAUGUCCCAUCUGCGCCGGAGAUCGAGUUUGGGUCUCCUCGGAAGAGUUUGCAUUGGAACAGGAUGUCUCACGCAAACUACUCCCUAAGUGGUUUGGGCCAUGGACAGUGACAUCAGCCGCGGGCGAUGAGCCCGAUGGCCCUUCAUUUGUGAUCGACAUUCCUGAGCAUCUGACGGUCCAUCCAGUCUUUUUCACGCGUCAAAGCUGGCAACAUAUACACCAGCUAAGAGCGAUGACUUCCCGGGCCGACGAUCGCAGGACCCUCCUUCUAUGGAUGGUCAUCAGGAGGUUGACCGCGUCAUCUCAGAUCNCUUGGAGUUGACGAUAUCUCCCAUCUUCUCCUCUCCCUCUGUCUCUUCCCUUCCCCCUUCGUCUGUGUAUGUUGGGGUCUGGCGCUAUCUAUUCUGUGUGAGCGCCAGCCCUUCACACCACUGUAUGAUGAUGAUAAAUGUCGGGACUGUACUGCAACAUUGAUUGAGUCGGAUCAUUGAUAAGUCUCCGGCUCGCCAUCUUGUACUUCGAAAUGAAAGGUCGGUUCUUGUUCUGUUUUGCAUGAUCUAGUAUGCAACAGUUUGGUAUCGGAGCGGACUUCUCAUUCAGAGGAACCGCUCAAUCAAGAGUUAGCCUGCUCGAUCUAUUGAUCUUUUGAUUAGUAAAUCAGGUAAGACUUC